AUGGAAAAGAUUGAGAAUGUUGAAAUACGAGUAAAGGAAUAUUUGGAUGAUGCUGGAAGGGAGAAAUGGUCUAGGCUAUAUUCACAUGUUAACAGAGGUUGGACGAUGACUUCGAAUAUAGCGGAAUGUAUUAAUGGAAAACUAGUAGUGGCAAGAGAGUUUCCUGUAUUUGAUUUCCUUGAAGAAGUUAGGAGGAUGUUUGGGAGAUGGAAUUGCACAAAUAGGAAAAAUGGUACAUACACAUUCUCAACACUUUCGAGACGAUACCAAGAAAUGCUCUCAAUGAAUGAGUAUAAAUCGUUACGCAUGAGGGUUGAAGCAUCAACUAAAUAUGUUUAUACGGUUAAUGAUGGACCGCGGCGUUUCAUAAUUGAUUUGAAGAGGAAAACUUGCAGUUGCAGGAUGUUUCAAAUGGACGAAACACCAUGUUCACAUGCCUGGGCUGUAUUAAAGAGUAAAAAUCUAACGGCUGAUGCAUAUUGCUCAAAAUUAUUCAAGCCAAAUACAGUGGUGAAUACGUAUGAAGUGUCGAUUGAUCCACUUCCUGACGAGAGUAAGUGGAAUGUUCCAACACACAUAUUGGAUGAGGUUGUUCUGCCACCGAGAUACAAGCGACCUCCUGGUAGGCCAAAAAAGAAAAGGGAUAAGCCAUUAAUGGAGCUGAUGAUUGGUAAACGUAGGAAUGCUUGUAGUACAUGUGGACGUCUAGGUCAUAACAGGCGUUCGUGUGGUAAUGAUCCACUUAAGAAGAAGAAAAUAAAUGUCUAG